AUGGAAGUAUCACAUAUAGACGACAUGGAAGCAGAGGUGUUCGAACUACCAACAAACAUCACUACAAUUCCUCAAACACCAGUUCAAAGCUACAUUCAGGAGACGCUAGCAGCAAUCUUGGAUGAAAUGUCCUCCCCUGAAGGCCAACCGUCCAUUACUCUCAAACAGAGAGGUAGAAAGUUCGCAUCAUUAUUCAUCAACCCACAAACACAGGCCCUGGAGUCCUCAGAGAUGCAGACAUACACGACCUACAGAUGGCCCGGCAGAGAUGAGAACGAAGCCUGGAGAUUCACUGUCUCUUUACGGGUCCUCGCUGCCAUUGCAGAGGCAGUUCAAGCGGGAUUGGUGGUUUCCAAGAGAGACAUAUAUUACAGCGAUCCGGCCUGUUUUGGUACUCAGAGAACCGUCGAUGCCCUCGUUGAUGACUUGGCGCACACAAUGGGGGUGGAUCGUACUGCUUUAUAUGUGGAAGCAGCAGCAAAAGGACUCGUUGUGGGCUACUAUCAGAUAAUUACUAGCAGCGGCGCAGUGGUGGAUGUGCAAUUAUCAAACCAGGAUACUCUAGUACCCAGAACGCAAGACAUUCACAAGAUCGAUCUCGCAGAUGUUGCGUGGGUAUUGGUUUUAGAAAAGGAGGCCGUAUAUCGUCGACUCGCGGGCAGCAACUACCACAUCAGAUCUGCAGCAGGAAAGGGCAUCCUCGUCACCGGAAAAGGGUAUCCCGACCUCAACACUCGGGCAUUCGUCCGAAAGCUCUUCGACCACAGCCGCCAACUCACCAAACUACCGCAGUUCUAUGCUUUAUUUGAUGGAGACCCAGACGGAAUGGCCAUCAUGGCCACAUACAAGUACGGUUCUGUGGCUUUUGCCCACGAAAACCGGAACUUGAAUGUCCCAGGUCUCCACUGGCUGGGACUGAAAAUAGCAGAUGUGGUUGCAGGCGCUGAUCCGCUAGGCGAUAAUAAGCUAAUCCGUCUCACAAAGAGAGAUAGGAAGAAGGUCGUCGCUAUGCUGUCUAGAAAUCCUAUCUGGGCGGCCGAUGGCCCGGAGCCGGAAUGGCGAGUCGAGCUGCAGCGGAUGCUCAUGUUGAAUGUCAAGGCAGAGACGGAGAUUCUGUAUGACAUGGAGGGAGGAUUGACCCGAUGGUUGGAUCAGAAGCUGAGUAGUAGGUAG